AUGUCGACAUUCCCCGUUCUGAACUACGACAUCUUAAUGGAGGUCUUGAGGGUCUGCCCAAGAUCCGACUGCGCACGAUUCAUGCAGACAAACCGCUUCUUCUACAUGCAUGGAUUUAAGACGCUGCUCUCCGAUACCGUGCAUUUCGACACGGAAGAAGACGUCUCUCGUUUCUUCUCGUAUCUCACAAAGCUGGAGGGCGCUCGCUUCCAAUUCGUGCGCUCUCUUCACUUCGACUUAUCAGCCGACCUCAGCGAGCAAGCCGCUCGAGCGUUGACCAUUGCGCUACCAUCGCUUUCCAGCCUCGACGAUCUAUUCAUAUCAUGCAUCGAGGACUUCUUGUCAUCGCACCCGGGCUUAUUAGAUGCUUUGGCAAUGCUCACCUCCAUCCGACACCUUCGUUUGUCGUACAUAGGCCCCCUUGCUCUGAAGAUGCUCCAGUCCCUCCGAUCCAAGCUCACAUCUGCGACGCUCGGAUUUGAAAGCAACUUCAAUGAAGACGACAGUUUCUUUGACUUGCUGCCUCUGGAGGAAUGGCAACCGUAUCACCCCACCGUACUUCUGGCGCAUUCGCAGUCCACUCUGGAAAAACUAGAGUCUCACCGCUGGGAUACGGACCCCAAUAUGAUCCCCUGCCCCACAAUCGUCUAUCCAAAGAUGCACCGGCUUUACCUCAAUCGACCCGUUCUUCCUCUCUCCGUUUCGCUUAUCCGCGCCUAUCCGAGUCUCGCGCAACUUCUAUUUUACUACAGCGUCCCCAGGCAUUCCUCCAGUAAUCGACUUCGCUAUUCCACACGCCGCUCUUUAAACAUCUCUCAGCAAGAGGCUUUGGGCAGAACUUGGGAGGAGUUGGGAAAGUACAGAGGAACCCUAGUCGAUCUCUACAUGCUGGGCCUUACUUGUCCCAUCGCUGAAGUGGAACUGCUCGACUGGCAAGGCGAAGCGCUGCACAUGCUCGGCCCUGUGCUCUUUGAUGCCCGUCCCCGACGGCUCACUUUGAAAGAGCGUAGCUGGGAGCUGGAAGGCUCGGGCGCCGACAUGUUCGCGGCUUUUCGAGGGCGAGGAGGCACCCGGCUGGAGUUCCUGCGCGUAGCUUUCGGGGUAGGACAUUAUGAGCGCGCUGGAAACUUUGAUGUUGCCGUCGUUCUCGAGAAUUUGCUGUCUUCGGUCCGGAGCAUCCCUCUCCAGGAUCUGCAGUUGAGGGUUGUAACAACAAGCCUCGACCCUCGGCCACACACCCACUCGGACAUCGAACAAUUUAAGUGCAAGAUGAUGAGCCUUCCUACCCCUCCCGCACUUGACCCAGAUCAGUAUCCUCUACUGUUCGCCGAACGCUCAGUGAACGCCUUCGACCUCGAGGAUUACAUGCAGCGGUUCACAAGGGGAAUACCUACACUGAAACACGCUGAAAUCACCAUUAUCGGCCCUCGGGACGGGUGGAGGAGAGUGGUGCUCAGUGAUGGUCAACCACUGCUGGAGGAAAGAUUUGUGCGGAGGCGCAGGAUGAACCCAGGUGAGACCCUCGAUGCGGAGCCAUGA